AUGUAUCCCAGUGAAAUCAUCGUGAUUAGUGAUGAUGACGAUGAGUCGGUGGUAGAAAUGAUUCAAAACACAUCAGCAUGUGAUUCAAAAUGCAACUCUAGUAAAACAAACACAAGCAUUGUAACCCCAGUAAUUACUAGUGGCUUUAAGAAUGUCAAAAAUGAAUUAAAUGAGCUUGUGGAUGAUGAUAGGUUUGGUAAUAACGAUGAUGAGAAUUAUAAUUUUUUGAUGCAAGAGUUGUCAGAUCUUAUAAAUUCAUAUAAAUCCAAUUCAGUUAAUCAAGAUUCUUUGAUAGUUCCUGAGAUAUCUGACGAAAAUGUUGACGAGAGUACUCAGAAUAAUAUUAUGGGUAAAGAAAAGCAUAUACAGAUAGUGAGCGUAGAGUCAUUAAACCAUCGAAUAAACCAAUGGAUGGAUACCAGUAUGGAAGAAGAAUUUGUUCCGCCCGUUGAUUAUCAAGAACAAAAAGUAUUUGAGGGAGGUUUUAAUAAUGUUGUAGCUAACAAUCAUCAGGACGAAUUGUUAGAAUUGAAUUAUGAUAAUUCAGAGAGUUUAUUACAAAGUCAAAAUGAUCCGUGGAUGAAAACUCCGAUGAACAAAUUAGAACUUAAAGUUUUAAACAAAUAUCUUCCUAUGGUCCAGUUAACUAAGAUUUCUUUAUCGAAAAAUAGUAUUAAUUUAAAGAAUUUUAUCAAAGAAGAGUUGCAAAUUGAUGCUAAUGUUAAUGGCCCUGAUUUAAAACCAUUAAUUCAUCAAAAUAUGGUGAAUGUAAAACAGGAAGUAGGCUCAGAAUUAAAUUCAGUAAAUGAUGUUAAUCAAGGAUUAUUUAUCUGCAAGACUUGUAUUAUAACAUUUAAUUCAAGAGAUUCAUUCGAAGAACAUAUUGAAUAUUAUCACCCUGGCAAUAAAAUUUACAAGUGUGAUGAUUGUCAUUAUGCCACUGACACACAUAUGUCAAUGCAAACUCAUCGAUGGACACAUAUCAAGGAACGUCCGUUUCGAUGUCGUCUUUGUAAUUAUGGAUCUAAGUUACAACAACAUCUUAAAAUGCAUAUCCGAAGAAUUCAUACAAAUGAACGGCCUUUCGUGUGUCCACACGUACCAUGUAUGUUUGCGGGGGCAUAUUCUCAAGAUUUAAAAAACCAUAUAAAAAAUAAACAUUCCAAGAAUGAUAAAACUGUUUCGCUAGAUAGUCUCAGAAAUAACCGAUCUCGCUCCCAUACACACUUAGAAAGCGAUUCCUCGAGUGUUAAUUUGAAAGACAUGAAAACUAAAAUUAAUUCUAUUAAUCCUACUGAACAAAUGUACCCGUGUACGCAUUGCACAUUUUCAACACCAUGUACAAAUGAAUUGAAAGUUCAUUUAAGUAAACACGAAACUGAAAGUUCAGAAAAUUUUAAGUGUGAUGCUUGUGGUAAAAGAUUCAUCAAUAAGGAUCAGCACAUUCGAAAUUAUCACACAUUAUUUCCUUCAAAUAAAGAAAUAAAAUGUUCAUUUUGUGAGGAAACUUUUACUAAUAAUUAUAACAUGAAGGUGCAUCUUAAAACUCAUGUUAAUAAAGACUUAAAAAAAUGUGGCAUAUGUCUUUACAUUACUUCUAGUAAAAAAAAGUUUCGAAUACACAUGAGUGAUCAUAGAAAAAAUAAAUUAUUUACUUGUAAUAAUUGCAGUAAAUCAUUUCGAAGCAAAAACUUAUGUAGCGAACAUCGAAUAAAUUUUCAUUACUUGAUUAAUAAUUUUUAA